UGCGCUUGGCUUUCGGCAUGCCUGUCAGGCGGGGGCAUAUCGCGCCGCAAAAUACCUAUAUAGAUACACUUAUUCGGAAGUUCGAUGGACAGCAGGCUCGAUUUAUUAUUGCAAAUGCUGUCAAACCUAAUAAGCCCAUAAUAUAUUGCAGCGAUGGAUUUUGUGAAUUAUUCGGAUUUACAAGGGGUCAACUGCUAAUAAAAUCCGCAUUAUUAUACAUCCUACAUGGAGAGCUUACUUCUAGAGCGUCUAUAAAAGCUCUACACAAUGCUCUAUGCAAUGAUGUUGAAUCAGAAUUAAAUAUUAGAUUGUACAGGAAAGAUGGUGCGAAACUUGAACUUUUAAAAAUUCUUUAG